CAACGUUUCUAUAAGGUGGACUCGUCCGAGGGUCCGUGAACGCACCACGGUCCUUGCAUUUCCGAGUGACUUCACUCGUCGAGCGAAGUGACAACAACAAAAACAUCAUGAACAACUCCACUCCCGCCUUCUCCCAGGUGGCGUUCAGGGACGUUCCACACUCGUACCCACCAGCCACCUCCGUCAGCUGCAGCUACACCCUCGCUGCGCAUUUCCAUCCCAACCCCCGAGACUGGGUGGGCAUCUUUAAGGUGGGCUGGAGCACCACCAAGGACUAUCACACCUUUGUGUGGGUGGAGUCGAGCGGGGAGUCGAGCCAAGAACAGUCAUCGACGAACCAUGCUUAUUUUAAAGAUUACUACCUCCCGAAGGACGAGUUGGACUUCUACCAGUUCUGCUAUGUGGACAGCUCGGGUCAAGUGCGCGGGGCCAGCACGCCGUUUUGCUUCAAAAUGCCGGACAAUGAAGACAAGCAAAGUGCAGCGAACAUCUCGGACAAUGACCUGCUGGUCAUUACCACGCAGGAACAAGUGGAGCAGAGCGAUCGGGAGAAAGUGGCGCUACUGAACGAAGUGCGGCACAUCCUACAGCGGAAUGAAGAGUUGGAAAAAACAUUGCGAGAGGAGAGACGAGAAGUCGGCAUCUUGAAGGACAAACAAGAUGAACUCGUGUCAGAAGUUUGUCGGACGAAGGAGCAGAACGAGUGUCUUCUGUGCACUUUGCAGGAGCAACGAGAAGAAGUCCAGCGCUUGAAGGAGGAGAUGUUGAUCCACAUGACCAAUCAGGUGGAACUCCAGGAACAGAACCUUGGUGAGAGCACACAGUCCGAUCCAAACCCAGAUGAUGACUGCGGACUGCUGCUACAAGCUGAGCGGCAACUCCGAGAAGCUAACGUGGUGAUCGCAGAGAAGGACGCCAUCAUUGAGGAGAACAACAACUUGACGUCAUUGCUGAAACGCCACAACCAGGAGCUUGCUCAAGAGAACCAAAAGCUCAGCCGUGACAUUGAGGAGCUGCAGAGGACUUUGGAUGACCUUCAAAUGCUUCUGCCCACCCACUCUGUACACCUGGAUGCCACCCCGACACCCGCCCGUGGCACAAUACAGCCGGACGCACUGGAGACGUGCGAGAGCUUCGAUGAAAACAUACCUGUUGUGAGCAUUGUAGAAGAUGAUGACGAGGAAGACCAGCCGGCGCUUAUGUGCCGCCAUUGCCUUGAGAGCUUCCCAGGAAGUACACGGGCAGAGGUGGAGAGUCACGAGCGCAAUCACCAAGUGUGUCCCUUCUGCACCCUCAUCUGCGACGACAUGGAGCAGGCCGUGUUCGAGGACCACGUCUACAGUCACGAGAUGUGACUGUGAAAAACACCCACAAAGUGUUCUUAAAAAUAAGUGGAUGAGCAGUUUAAUAGAUUUUUGUAAAAAAUUAAUAUAGUCAAAUCAAAUUUUGCAAUUGCACAAAAUAUCACUGAUCUCAUGGCACUUAUCUCUUCUUUUUAGGAGAGUUUGUUACCUAAUACGGCAGUAUGAGAGAACGUGGGAGCAAUAACACCAAAGUCAGCAAACCUGCCCAAUUUGAGCAUUUUCUCUUUCAAGUGUUCUCACUUUUGUUGCCAGCGGUUUGGACAUUAUCGGCUGUGUGUUGGGUUAUUUUAAGGGGACAGUAAAUUUAAAUUUACAAGGUGUACACUACAUUGUAGCAAAGGGUCAUUUCUUCAGGAUUGCCCCAAAAAAAGAGAAUAUUUACAAAAAUGUGAGGGAUGUAGUCACAUUGGUAAGAUACUGUAAGUUUUGUGUAGGAACUUAGUAUAGUACAGAGGUGUAUUGAAUACUAACACGUACGUUACACCCCAAGUAAUGUUCCCGAUGCAUGGCUUUCCAAAUGUUAGUUUACAAAUAAAAGGCAAGUCAAAGUUAAAUAUUUCAGUGUACAAAUUGGAUGUAAGUGGGAAGGUGCUGUAGUCUUAUCACUCACUACCCUAACCCAGUGGUUAAGUCAGAAUUACAGGAAUUAUUUGUAUGAAAAACAUUAGGCCAUUUAUAUAAAAAUGAAAAACAGUGAGUACAGUGCUAACUAAGCAAGCCUGCUUGGUCGUGUGACCACGUAUUACAAUACCCAGCAAUCUGGGAAAGAAUGUCAUUUUUUUAAAUACCUGUCCACGACCCACCCAUAACGCUGGGUCCUGACCGACUGAGACUCACUGCUUUAGCGAGAUUAAACCACUAUACUGUAAUUACAGCUGAAAUGUCAAGCUAAUGCUUAGCAUAAAAAGUCUUCAAGAAAUCACACCUGUCUUAAUGUAUUUUAAUUGAUUAGGAAAUUUUUAGACAAACUGUCCGCUGAAAUAAAAAAAAGGCUUAUUUUUCUUGA